AUCCUGGGAUAAAGAGAGAUCCUGGGUUAGAGAGAGGGGUAACCUAGGAUAGGGAGAAAGAGAUACUGCGAUAGAGGGAGAUCCUGGGAAAGAGAGAGAGAAAGGGAGGGAGAUCCUGGGGUAGUGUGAGAGGGAGACACCGAUCUAAAAGGGUUGAGACUGACCCUUGGCGGGGAUCAGGGGAACGUGGGGAGAAACGGGAGGAUCCCCAGUGGGUGGGUGGGAGAGAAACAGCCACACCCGGGAGAGAGACCUGACCUCAGGGAAGAGAGAUAGAUAGAGGGAGUGGUGGGGGCAGAACCUGACAUCCGAGAGUAGAGAUACAGAAGGAGAGACUGACUUGGAGAAGGGGAGAAAGAAAAACAGGCAGGGAGACCGACAGACCCAAAGGGGGAAAGAGGCUGAGGUCCCACAGGUGCAGAGAGAGAGACAUAGGCAUUAUUGUAAGUGAGAGAUUCUGAGGUAUAAUCUGUGUCCUGGAAUGAGUCAGUGAUGGACUGGUGAAUGGGCUGGCAGUGGAUCGAGAUAUUGGGACCGACAGGGAAAUAGGGCUGGGGUGAUUGCCAAGCGAGACCUGGGUGAAGGAGGGGGUUGGGUGGGUUGGGGACACCGAUGGGCAGAGCUAGCUGGGGCUUAGAGACGAGGAGGAGGAGGAGGAAAGGCUCGCUGCCCUUUUAAUCUCAGAAUCGCCGGCUCGCUGCUCUUACACGUGGAGGUUUCUGCAGCUUUGGACAGAAUGUGCGAGAACAGCAGAGAUUGUGGGAGCCCUGACAGCUCUUCUGUGAAUUCUCCACAACAGCGACGGACGAUGAGCAGCUCUCCGCCUCUGCAUUCUUCCGCCAUCGGUUCAGGAGUCUCGUCUUCUGUGAACUCAUCUGUCAGCAGUAUUGGCUCACAUUUCUCCGUCAUCAGCUCUUCCUUGGGUUCGCCUGCUCUCCCUUCAACCCCUUCCCUAGGCUAUGGUCCAGUUAGCAGCCCACUGAUCAACUCCACAGUGAACAUGUCGGGUUUGCAUGCAGUCAGCAGCUCCGAUGACGUCCACAUGUCGCUGGGGAUGAACCAAGCUCUCACCUACCCAGGCGGCUCUGCCACAUCGUCGUUGAGACGUGUGUGUGCCAUUUGCGGAGACAGGUCUUCAGGCAAACACUAUGGUGUGUACAGCUGCGAGGGCUGCAAGGGCUUCUUCAAGCGGACAGUGCGCAAGGACCUCACCUACACCUGCCGAGACAGCAAGGACUGUAUUAUCGACAAACGGCAGCGUAACCGGUGCCAGUACUGCCGCUACCAGAAGUGUCUGGCCUCGGGUAUGAAGCGUGAAGCCGUCCAGGAGGAGAGACAGAGGAGCCGAGAAAGGGGCGAAGAGGUGGAAUCCACCAGCGGGGCCAACGAUGAAAUGCCGGUGGAGAAAAUUCUGGAAGCCGAGGUGGCAGUGGAGCAGAAACUGGAGUUGCAGGCCGAUGGGGCGGGGAGUGAGGUGGCCUCGAUGGAUGCGAUUUCUCAAGCACUCGCUGACGCCGAGCCCCAGGCCACAGUUAUUCGCCGGGUGAUAACAGCCAAAAAACCCAACGACCCGGUGACAAACAUCUGCCAGGCGGCGGACAAGCAGCUCUUCACGCUGGUGGAGUGGGCAAAGCGGAUCCCGCAUUUCUCCGAGCUCCCACUGGACGAUCAGGUCAUCCUGCUGAGAGCAGGCUGGAAUGAGCUCCUGAUCGCCUCGUUCUCGCACCGGUCGAUAACGGUGAGGGAUGGGAUCCUGCUUGCCACCGGACUCCACGUGCACCGCAACAGUGCCCACAGCGCUGGCGUUGGAGCCAUCUUCGACAGGGUUCUGACCGAGUUGGUGUCCAAGAUGAGAGACAUGGAGAUGGACAAGACGGAGCUUGGUUGCCUUCGAGCGAUCAUCCUCUUCAAUCCUGAUGCGAAAGGGCUGUCGAACCCAGCAGAGGUGGAAAUUCUCCGAGAGAAGGUUUACGCCUCGCUCGAAUCUUACUGCAAACAGAAAUACCCGGACCAGCUAGGCAGGUUUGCGAAGCUCCUCCUCCGCCUGCCCGCCCUGCGCUCCAUCGGACUCAAGUGCCUGGAGCAUCUCUUCUUCUUCAAGCUGAUUGGAGACACUCCCAUCGACACCUUCCUCAUGGAAAUGCUGGAGGCGCCGCACCAGAUGUCCUGAGGGUGGGGGUAGU